GGUGAUUUGCGAAACUUGACGCAUACGACUCAUUUGAUUUCCUAUUCACUUUUAGCCGGGAAUAUACUAUCCUCUGGACUCUGUUACUCUAAGAUAUCCCGCAUUCGUGACUCGUGUGUCCCGCCACUAAGACCAGUACCUCAAACCUCUCUAUAAUUGCAUUCAAAAUGCCCGCCUCCGUCCACUCCGAAGAACAAGACCAGUCCAUGCUGGACGCCUCCGCGCCCCAGGAAGAGCAGACCGACGUCCUCGAGCUGGACGAGAAGCGCAUUGUUGUCUUGCCCGGCUCAUCCGACACCGCAGCUUCAUUCCAAUUCGAGGGAGAGGGUCACACUCUGGGCAAUGCGCUGCGAUAUGCGAUUAUGAAGAACCCCGAAGUCGAAUUCUGCGGUUACACUAUCCCCCAUCCUUCCGAGACGAAGAUGAACCUUCGGAUUCAGACUUAUGAAACAACCACCGCCGUCGAAGCCCUCGAAAAAGGUCUCGACACUCUAAUGGACCUCUGUGAUGUCGUUACGGAUAAGUUCACCACUGCUCGGGAUGACUUUAAUGCUGCGCAGGCGGAUCGCAUGGAGGCUUAAGCAUAUACUUUUUCUUAUACAUAUUAUAGACUUUUGGGUGGUUAUCGGCUUUGAUGCUCUCUCUGUGUGUGUGUUAUGAUUUGCUAUUUGAUGGGAUUGAUGGCGUUGUGUGUGUAGAAAAGUUAUACCUUUUCCUUCUUUUUUUUUACUUUACUUUACUUUUCUUUAUU